CCUCCUGGCCCUGGAACCAAUUUGUUGGGGUCAAAAUUACAUUCAUCGCCGCUUUUCUCCCUUCCUCCUCCGUAAAUUCUCUCUUCCAUUUUUGUUUCUUCUGAUCAGUUUUGUCUUAAUGGAUGAUGGUACUCCCAGCAAGAUAAAGAUAUUACCGGAUCACUUUAGGGCUCCUAGUCCUGCACCUGAAGAAGCUACUCAAGAGGAUUCUCCAUCAUCUUCCCAGCCAAGGGCAGAUAUUUUGUUAAGGUCUCAUAGCCAAUCCCGGGCACGGAGAAAAUUGAAGAAAGCAGCACUCAUGUUGAAUCUUUUCACUCUUCGGCGUCUGUCUUGGAACUCGAAUGGUCAGGAGAAGGUAGAGCUAUCAGCGUCGGAAUUGGAAUCUCUUAGAUCGGAACUUGCUGAUUUAGAAGAGAGGGAAGCUUACCUAAAGGCACAGUUGGAACAUGUGGAUGAAAUAUUACGCUCUGCCCGGUUAUCUGGUUAUUUGUAUAUUCGAACAAGGUGGACUGCUCUCCCGGGCGAACCGCCUCCUAUAGACGAUACAGAAGUAGACGACUGGCUUCCUCGCUUUGUUGUCCUUCAGGGCGCCUGUCUUUUCUUCUAUCUAUUGUCAACAGAUUUGAGCCCUCAAGAUUCGACCCUUCUAGCCGAUAUUGUGGAAGUUGGUUCCUUGCCAACCUUCACAAGAGAAUUCGAUGAGAUCUAUCACUGCUUUUACAUUUUAACCCAUCAAGGCCUACGCUUCGAGUGCUCAAGCCCGUCUAAGAUACAGGUGGAGUCUUGGUUGUCACUGUUACGCCGUGAUUGCAGCACUGAAUCGGAAGAGAGGCUCUCCCAAUUGGAUGAAGCGAAAACCCCACAGUGAUUCGAAGCUUUUAGGCGAGUUUUCUGUACAGUUUCUUCCUUUUAUGUUAUAUAUAUAUAUAUAUAUAUAUUAUAUUCUUGGCAAUUGAAUAUAGAGUAUCAUCAUUUUCUUUGGUUCACUGAUAAUAACAGUUAUAACUUCAUUUGAUGUAGCUACCAAGUUUCCUUUGGUCUAAGUACCGCAUUAAUGCC